CACCGCCUCCACCAUCUCCGCGAGCCGCAGCCGCCUCUUCGACCAGUGGCGUAGCCGGACUCCGAGUCGGGGACGGACGGCUAGGGCCGGAGGUCCGGAGCCGGGUCUUGACUCGCGCUGGGGUGGGGGGGGUGGGCAUGGAGGAAGCGGCCCGGGGCGCUCUCCACCACGACUAACGUGGGCCUGUCGCGGCUGCAAGCGCCAUGGACCGAGCCCCGGCAGACCAGAAUGUCAAGCUGUCAGCUGAGGUGGAGCCUUUUAUUCCCCAGAAGAAGAAUCCUGACACAUUUAUGAUUCCUAUGGCACUUCCAAAUGAUAACGGAAAUGUUUCUGGUGUAGAACCAACUCCAAUUCCCAGCUACCUGAUUACUUGUUAUCCAUUUGUGCAGGAAAACCAGCCCAAUAGACAGUUUCCGUUAUAUAACAGUGACAUCCGAUGGCAGCAGCCCAAUCCAAACCCAGCUGGACCAUACCUCGCCUACCCUAUUAUAUCUGCUCAGCCACCCGUAUCUGCAGAAUACACUUACUACCAGCUGAUGCCAGCGCCAUGUGCCCAAGUUAUGGGUUUUUACCAUCCUUUCCCUACACCUUACUCCAACACCUUCCAGGCUACAAACACUGUAAAUACUGUAACCACAGAAUGUACUGAGCGUCCGAAUCAGCUCGGCCAGGUCUUCCCCAUAUCCGGUCAUCGAAGCAGAAACAGUAACAGGGGACCAGUGGUACCAAAACAGCAGGUUUUACAACAGCACAUAAAAAACAAAAGAGCACUGGUGAAAAAUGUCGCUACUCAGAAAGAGACAAGUGCAGCAGGUCCUGAUAAUCGAUCAAAAAUCGUGCUUCUGGUAGAUGCUUCACAGCAGACUGAUUUCCCAUCAGACAUUGCUAACAAGUCUCUCUCAGAAAGCUCUGCCACAAUGCUCUGGAAGUCCAAGGGCAGGAGGAGAAGAGCCUCCCACCCCACUGCAGAAUCUUCUAGUGAGCAGGGAGCUAGUGAAGCUGACAUUGAUAGCGACAGUGGCUACUGCAGUCCCAAACACAGCAACAACCAGCCCGCUGCAGGGACUUUGAGAAACCCGGAUUCUAACAACCUAAAUCAUGCGGAGGCCUCUCUAUGUGCAGGUGGUGGAAACUGGUCCAAUGUAACUUGCCAGGCAACUCAGAAAAAACCAUGGAUGGAAAAAAAUCAGGCAUUUUCUAGAGGGGGAAGGCAGACUGAACAAAGAAAUAAUUCACAGGCUGGAUUCAGAUGCCGGGGACAUAGUACUUCCUCAGAAAGAAGACAGAAUAUGCAGAAGAGACAAGAUAACAAGCAGUUAAAUUCCAGUCAGUCUCAUAGAGGAGAUCCAAAUUCUGAGUCUUUAUAUUUUGAGGAUGAAGAUGGAUUUUGUGAAUUAAAUGAAAAUGGAAAUGCUAAAGAUGAGAAUAUUCAACAGAAACUUCCUUCAAAAGUAUUGGAUGAUUUACCUGAAAACUCACCAAUCAAUAUAGUUCAGACACCAAUUCCCAUUACAACCUCAGUUCCUAAACGUGCAAAAAGUCAGAAGAAGAAAGCUUUAGCAGCAGCUCUUGCCACAGCUCAAGAAUAUUCGGAAAUAAGUAUGGAGCAAAAAAAAUUACAGGAAGCUUUAUCAAAGGCAGCUGGCAAAAAGAACAAAACCCCUGUGCAGCUGGAUUUGGGGGACAUGUUAGCAGCUCUAGAAAAGCAGCAACAAGCGAUGAAAGCUCGGCAGAUUACUAACACCAGGCCUCUGUCAUAUACAGUGGUCACUGCAGCUGCUUUUCACAGUAAAGACUCUACUAAUAGAAAACCUUUAACUAAAAGUCAGCCCUGUUUGAUGUCUUUUAAUUCUGUGGAAAUUACUUCCUCUAAAACAAAAAAAGGAAAGGAGAAGGAAAUUGCAAAAUUAAAGCGGCCCACAGCACUUAAAAAGGUUAUUUUGAAAGAAAGAGAGGAAAAGAAGGGCCGUUUAACUGUGGACCACAAUCUCUUGGGAUCUGAGGAACCAGUAGAAAUGCACUUAGAUUUUAUUGAUGAUUUACCACAAGAAAUUGUUUCCCAGGAAGAUACUGGACUGAGCAUGCCCAGUGAUACUUCACUCUCUCCAGCAAGUCAGAACUCUCCGUACUGUAUGACACCUGUGUCACAAGGCUCUCCAGCCAGUUCUGGAAUAGGCAGUCCAAUGGCAUCUUCAACAAUAACCAAAAUCCACAGCAAGAGAUUUAGAGAAUAUUGUAAUCAGGUCCUCUGUAAAGAGAUUGAUGAAUGUGUGACUCUUCUCCUUCAAGAGCUUGUGAGCUUCCAGGAGCGCAUCUACCAAAAGGACCCUGUAAGAGCUAAAGCGAGGAGGCGGCUGGUGAUGGGCCUGAGGGAGGUUACCAAGCACAUGAAGCUAAACAAGAUCAAGUGUGUGAUAAUUUCUCCAAACUGUGAGAAGAUCCAGUCAAAAGGUGGCCUGGAUGAAGCUCUCUACAAUGUUAUAGCCAUGGCACGGGAACAAGAAAUUCCGUUUGUGUUUGCACUUGGAAGGAAAGCUCUAGGACGCUGUGUGAACAAGCUUGUUCCUGUUAGUGUGGUAGGGAUCUUCAACUACUUUGGUGCUGAGAGUCUGUUUAAUAAGUUAGUGGAACUCACUGAAGAAGCCAGGAAAGCCUAUAAAGACAUGGUUGCAGCAGUGGAGCAAGAGCAGGCCGAGGAAGCCUUAAAGAACGUGAAGAAGGUCCCACACCACAUGGGGCAUUCUCGGAACCCCUCUGCAGCAAGUGCCAUUUCUUUCUGCAGUGUUAUUUCUGAACCAAUCUCUGAAGUGAACGAAAAGGAAUACGAGACAAAUUGGAGAAACAUGGUGGAAACUUCAGAUGGACUGGAAACAUCAGAAAACGAGAGAGAGGUUUCCUGUAAGCACAGCACAUCUGAAAAACCCAACAAACUUCCAUUUGACACAGCCCCUGUUAACAAGCAGCCAUUAUUGGCAACUGCAGGCAAUACCACCUCUGCUCCCAACCCCGGGAAGUCAGGCGAUAAAGAGGAAGUGAAGCCUGAUGACCUGGAGUGGGCCUCGCAGCAGAGUACGGAGACCGGCUCUCUGGACGGCAGUUGCCGAGACCUUCUGAAUUCCUCCAUAACCAGCACCACCAGCACUCUUGUGCCCGGCAUGCUUGAAGAAGAGGAUGAUGAAGAUGAGGAAGAGGAGGAAGACUAUACUCACGAACCCAUAUCUGUAGAAGUUCAACUCACUAGUAGAAUUGAGUCUUGGGUCUCUGAGACCCAAAGAACGAUGGAAACCCUUCAGCUUGGAAAAACCCUGAAUGGUUCUGAGGAAGACAAUGCAGACCAUAGUGGGGAAGAAGAAGCAGAGACGCCAGAGGUGUUAGAGUCAGGGAUGGACAAUGAGGCCUGGACUAGCGACCACCAAGCAGGUCAGGAGCAGCAGAAGCCCAGCAACUGCAGCUUGCUAAGCAAUGAGCACACCGACUCUAAUUCUGCACCCUCAGAUGUAUAACUCAGGACAUGCCAGCCGUCUCUCUCCACCUGUGUAAGGGUUGCCGCCAUUAUCUUUUCUGCUUCAUCUCAACAGUUUGCACUGUCCAGUAUUUUAAUACGUGUAUUUAAUUCCUGAUAGAUAUUUUUUGUAGCUGUCUGUUACUUUUGUUAAUGAUCUAUAGCUUAGUUUUCAGUUAGCAUCUAAGUGUCUAAGAACUGUUUAAAGAAAAAGAAAAUUGUAAUUCUUUUAUCUGAUUUUGUACUGGAAAAUAAUUAUUAAAAUGAGAAAUAAAUGUACCUGACACUCUUCUUCUUAAUUUGGAUGUCUACUUAGAGUAAUUCUGAAAGUUGCAGCUGAAAGUUCUAGAGAUAUUCAUCAAUAUUUACUUCGAUACUGUGUGUGCUUCCUUCACUCUUAGUGUAUCUGACCAAAAAAUUGUUUGGAUUUCUGUGGAAAAAAAAAAAAGAAAGAACUGGUGGUGGAGCUUGAAACCUAAAUUAAUGACUAUGGCUAAGUCCACAAAGUCUUUGUGCUAAAUAUUGAUGCAAUUCUCAUUUGAUUGGCAUGUUUAUUCCAGACGUCAGUGAUCAUUGUGAUCAAUUGAAGUUGGAAUGUGUGGUAGAGCCUUCAGAAUCCAGGCUUGCAAAGGAGCCAUCUUAGAUCUAAAUAGAUCAGAGCUGAGAGACUAGAGCUGGCCUUAUUUGUGGGAGGUGAUAGGUGUUGUCUUUAAGAGUGGAAAAUCAUCCACAAUGAGCCCUUCCAGGUUCUUUUGUAUUCACUUCUUUCUUACCUCAGGAAUUCUCUUGUAUAUAGUCAUAAUUGACACAGAGCAAGGCAGACUUUAACAGGUGAAUAACUGGUCGUAUGACUGCAACAGUUAUAUGUAAAUGAUCCAGAAACAAAGUAUGGUGUUUCCUCUCGCAUGCUUCUGAUUCAGGGCCUUCUAGAUUGGAGAUGCAGAUUUGGUUGGGUAUUCCCAUUUGUCCUGAGUGAGAGAAACAUUUCACUUACAUUUCACAUAUAUGUAUAUCUUCUUCUCUCUCACCCUGGACAUCUCCCACAUAACACCAACCUUAGUAAUUACUGACAGGAGGUCAGUGAAAGGAACUUUGUAUAACUUAUAACGUGUGUCCUGAUAUUCUAGGCUUGGAAGAGGACAUUUUGAAGAAAAGAGAAAGUUGUUUUAAUUGCGAUGAAAACUGUUAGAUGCUUGAGUAUGCAGAUAUAGGCAGGUAUUAAUUCUUGAUCAUUAUUAUUUAUUUCUGUUCUUUGGGAAUGUGUCUACCUGCAUGGGAGAAAUUAAACUUAGUGAGCUAAAUGUCUGGUUUGCUAGUCAGUCACCACCUUGUAGUAACCUUUACAAGCUAAUGUAUUAGUGGGAGGAUUGCAGAUGAUCUGUUUUCCUGUGUUCUCUCCAACCAGCCUCCUCUUCCCCCACCAACUGACCGACACACACAAACACAUACCAGCCUUAGACUUGACACACACAAGCUCCCGGGAGCAGGCGCACAACUAAAGAAGGGGAGGGGUAUUUUCCCUGCUCAGGCUUUAAUAGGUAGGACUUCGCCUCACGGAGGCAGGAGAGAAAAAUGGGGCAGAGUUUUUACUGAACUCAUUUAGACUAUUGUGGUAGAUUUUUUUUAUUAUUAUUUUAUUUUAUGUUGUAUGAUGUUGAAACUGAGUUCCCAGUGAGAGCAGAUUCUUGCUUGAUGGUUUAGUAUUUGUGGAUUAUGAAAGUUACAAAGCAUUGCUGUGUUGGAAAUGUCAGUAUACCAACUUGAUUAGGGUGUUAAACAGGGACACUAUUACACUGUUCUGUCUAAACUGUUCUCCAGUGUAGACUUUCUUAGGUACUAAGUAUCCAGUACUUUAAAAAAGCAGCAUGUGAGGAAUGAAGCCUAUGAAACAGUAAUCAUGGAUUCACAUAUAUGUGGCAGAUCUUACUGUCUUUUAUACAUUGGGAUGCAUUAGUCGGCCUAAAGAAAUGAUAGAGGUUUUGAACUACUGACAGUCUGAAAAGUGACUUUAAAAAUGUUUUCCUAUUUUUAUGGUGUGAAUGUCCUUUGCUUGGUGUCAGUGAUUCCGACCACUCUUGAGCUUGAGGAGAUGGCUUUUCAAAGGCCUAUUAUAUUUUCUAUGUCUUUUCUGAAUGAAAGUUGUCGUUUAAAUUUUUUGACAUUUGUAUCAACAGAGGAGGUAGGAGAAUCUUCAGAACACCAGUAGUUGAAAUGUUGCUAUAGCCAUUCAGCGUGUUCGAUGAUGUGUCAGAGACACGCCCUUGCACGUGCAGUACCUUCUGCCACAGACCCAGGGGACCACAGCCUUUUGUACAGGAAACAAGGCAACCUCCAGAGGACAACCCAAAAUUUAUUCAAGGAAAUGCUACUGCUAUGAAACUAGGCUUAAAGAAGUAUUAAUUUGCUUCCUUUGGAUAAAUUCUGGAAUUUGUGUGUAUUAUAUAUAGGAGGUGUGAAAAUUAGCAAGGUUCCCCCCCCCCUUUUAUUAUUGUUGCUUUGGAAUUGGGCGGGGUGGUUCUUUGAAGAUCUAAAGAGAGAUCUGAAAAGAUAGUAAAGAUUCAUCAUCACAUGAAAUAAAAGGCAGUGAUUUUUUUUUUCUUAGUAUGUAGAGAUUGUUUUCCUGGCAAUAAUUAAUGUUAGGUUUCUAUUUCAGUACAUAAGUAUGGAUUCCAAUAUGGAUUGCACUCCCCAAACUAGAUUUCUGCUUCAGUAGGUUUGCUGUGAAGAUUAUUUCUCACAAGACAAAUACUCAUAUUAGCUUACUUUUGAGUUUCAAUAUGCUUGUAAAUGAUGUAAUAUAUUUCUUUUGACUAAACAAGGGAAAAUAAUGUGUUAUACACUGAAAUGUUUUUAAAGGCUUUCACUGGAUGUCAUUUUUGCAGAGAUAGUAUUUUAUAUGCUUCCAAGUGUUUGGGAAAGAAUUAGUCAAAAGGAAUUCAGAUAGUUUAAAUACUGAGAAAUUAAUAUCUGAAUAAUGUACUUGUCUGAUUUCUUAAUAAGCUGCGGGAGGUGGGCGGGGUGGGAAUUGUAAUGUGCAAAUGAGUAGUAAACUUCAUUUUACAACACUUUAACACAAAACUGUUAACACAUUGUUACUUUAAUAUAUGUAUAAAGAAGUAUUAUUGUUUGUAAAGCUACUGUUUGCUUAAGCCUGUCGUGUAAGUAUUUUCUGUACAUUGUGCCAACAGUUUAAAACAUUAAUCUAUCAAUUUUAAAACUUCUAUUUUUAUUUGAUUAAAAGUUAUUCAGUGAGAUAAUUUAUUUACAGAUGCCCUCCUUCUCCCUUGCCCUCCUAAUCUGUAUACAUCACAGAAUAAGCAAACUGCUUAAUCAGAAAUCUGAAUCCUGAUUAAUAAUACAAACUGAAACUCUGUUGGCACAUCACACCUUAAAAGUAUUUGUAUUAUUUUGUAAUUUAAUUUCUAAAAUAUACCACAUGAAUUUCUAAUUUAAUGUCUUAAUUGUAAUGCUCUAAUAAAAAUUAGCAAAAUUAGAAUAAAUUGCAACAUGAAUGGA